UCGAAAGAUUGUGGCUUGUCUGAAAAAACAUAGGCAAGAAGAAAAAGCUAAUUUCAAGAAAAAGCUAAUUUCAAGAAAAAGAUGAGAAUGGUUAGCAGUGCUUUGAUCCUUCAAGUUCUUCCACUGGUUAUUCUCCUAGGGACCACAUGUUUGCGCGCUUCCCAUUUUUCCUUCUGGGCCAACAUGAUGGAAGAUGAGGCUGAUGACUACGAGAACUACUACGACUACACAGAACCGGAUCAGGACACCAACCUCCAGCAGGAGCCCUGGGAAGAAAUUAGCUGGUUUGAGACAUCUUUAGGUGACAGCUUUGACAUGAAAGAUGCAUGCUUCUCCAACCCCUGCAAGAAUGGUGGUACAUGUGAAGCCAAAGGAAGAGACUUCAGCUGUCACUGCCCUGAGCCAUACGGUGGGACUACAUGUGAAAAAGUGGAGGACAUGUGUCUGGAGAAGAACUGCAACCAUGGUGACUGCCUGAUUAUAUUAACUCCACCUUAUUUUAAGUGCAGCUGCAAGCCUCCCUACAAGAGACCCUCCUGCCAAUAUGCAUCCAAACAGUGCAGUCCAAACCCUUGCAAAAAUGGAGGUAUCUGCAGACGGAACAGAUACAGGUCAAAAUUCACCUGCAAGUGCCCUGAACCUUUCAGAGGGAGAUUCUGCGAGAUCGGACCUGAUGAUUGUUAUGAAGAGGACUCCUCUACAUACAGAGGAACAGUGAACCAAGCAGAAAAUGGCAGGACCUGCCUGCACUGGAAUUCCCACCAUCUCUUGGACCACCCUUUUAAUGCUUUUAUGGAGGAUGCUGACUCAUACGGCAUUGGUGAACACAACUUCUGCAGGAAUCCUGAUGAGGAUGAAAAACCUUGGUGCUACAUCAGAAAAAAUAAGAAAGUAGAUUGGGAAUACUGCAAUGUUUCACCCUGCUCAGCUGAAGAGACUCCAACAGAACCCCCAACAGACCCCCCUGAAAUAUUCCAAACCUGUGGACAACCAGAAGUUCGUAGAACACGCAAGAGGAUCUAUGGUGGAUCCAAGGCUACACCUGGACAACAUCCCUGGAUGGCAUCUCUGCAGAGACAGACUCCAGAUGGGAAUGAACAUUUCUGUGGUGGAGUGCUAAUUAAAUCAUGCUGGGUUCUUACUGCUGCACACUGCCUUGAAAACCCAGAAACAAAGAUCCAAGUAGCCCUUGGAAAGCAAAACCUCAAGACGAAAGAGAAUCAUGAGCAAGUAUUUGAUGCAGUGCAAAUAAUUUUACAUGGUGAAUACAGAGACAAGGGUGGUGUCCUGUACAAUGAUAUUGCACUACUUAAACUGCAGCCUGUUGACGGUUCCUGUGCAGUGGAAACAAAGUAUGUGAAAACAGCAUGUGUCCCUGACUUCUUCCUUCCUGUUGGGGCCUCCUGCUUCAUUUCUGGAUGGGGCGAGACAGAGACAGAUGAACAAUCCCAUCAGCUGUUAGAUGCCAAUGUCAAGCUGAUUUCGCAGAGGAAAUGCAAUGAACCCAAACUACAUGAUAACAGACUGGAUGAUAGCAUGCUUUGUGCAGGAAGGCUUCAGAAACCUGGAAUCGAUUCUUGUCAGGGAGACUCUGGAGGCCCACUGACUUGUGUAGAAAACGGCUCCUACUACGUAUACGGCCUUGUGAGCUGGGGUGAUGGGUGUGGGUUAAAAAACAAGCCAGGAGUUUAUACCCAGGUGACAAAAUUCGCCAGUUGGAUUACAGCUGUAAUUCAGUCUUCAUCGAGAUCACAUUAUUAGGAGAGAGAUUUGGAAUGACAAACGAAUUUCUGAAGCAUCGGGGUUGACUCCGACUUGCUGAGAUCCUUCUGUUGCCAACUGGUCCUGUAAAAUCACACCCAAAUAAAUUGUGAAACCAGCCAGCGGACAGGAGAGGGUUUUAACUAUUAUUCUGUAACAAUAUUUUCAUGCUCAAAAUUACACAACUGGCAAAAAAAAUGAGGAAAAUCUAAAUCACUGUUCUGCACUGAGCAUAUUUCUGCAGUGGAGAAGUACAAAAAACGGACCUGUUCAUGUAAGUUAGAUACCUCACAUACCAAAGGACUAAAUGUGCUCAAGUCCUAGUUUCUAUUUUGAACCCUAAACAAAAAGCAAACCAACAAACACCUGAGUUCCACAUGGAUUGCACACCUGUAGGUUUCCCUGGGACCAUCAGAUCACUCUCAUACCUUUUACUUAAGAAGAUAUUGCCUGUAGCUCCCACUACAUGCUUCACCCAACCAUAGUUCUCACUUAUUUCCUGAGUAACUUUUCAUAUGGGAAUGUAAAUCAUGGAUAUGUACUGUUUCUUUUGGUCUGGAUUAUUGUUUGACUUCUUACCAAAGUUAACAAUUAAAUGAUCAAAGUGUUUGAA